AUGCACGCUCGGAAUUCAGCUCGGAAAUCAAAGGACAAAAAAGAGUCGAGGAUAUACCAGUCCUCCUCAUUCAAGUUCUACGCCAUCCGAAUUUUCAUUGUGUUGACAAUGAUCGCAAUUGGUUGACUAAUAUUCCUGGAGUGGAAUCAUAUUUCUGAAGCUAUAAAAACCAUGGUUGUUUUUGUUAAGAAUAAUCCUCUAACAGGGUCCCUGGUAAUUUGUAUAGGAUUGAUCCUUGCUAAUAUAUUCAUGCUCCCAGGGGCACUCCAGUGGUUAUCAAUUGGAUAUAUCUAUAGUAAUGCUUACACAACAGUGCCUCAGAUAAUGCUCAGAGCUCUUCCUGUUGCAUUCAUUGGCAUCCAAAUUGGAAGUUCUCUUGCCUUCCUUCUAAGUAGAUAUCUUUUCAGGCAAUGUGUGCUCUCAUACGUAGAAAAGCAUAAAAUUGUUAGAGCCAUAGACAGAAUGAUGAGUAAAAAGGGCAUCAAAAUAUCUAUAUUAAUCAGACUGGCACCAAUCUUUCCUUAUAAUAUCAGCAAUUAUGUUGUUGGAGUGACUUCUCUCAAGCUUCUUGACUUCUUCAUCGGGAAUGUAGGUAUUAUCCCAGAAGUAUGCUUCGGGCUCUAUAUUGGCAGCUCAUUGAGCAACUCAAACAGUUUGUUUUCAUCACUAUUCACAAUUAUUGGCAUCGUCAUCGGGAUAAUUUUCCUGAUCUACAUGGGAAUGAUGGCCAAGAAAGAGAUGGAUAAAGAGUUAAAAGACGAUGAAGAUGAUAUCGAAGCAGCACAGUUCAGCCCCUCAACUAGUUAUAUCCAGAGAGACCUGGUCUUUGAUUCUCCUUUCGAGAGGCUCACAUAGAUGACUACUUUA